UACAGACGAUGGUCGACCACAAACCUCACAAACACUUUCCAAAGAGUUUCUAAACCCAAACGCACACUACAAGACACGUAAGAGAAGAUGUAUGAAUACAACGACAUGUAUGAAUACAACGACGAAGAUGGAGGGAUUCAGUUUCAACCCUACGGCGACGAACUCAUCAACAAAUAUUUAAUCCCCAAAUUGGAAGGUAAACCCCGUAGAGAGAUCACUAUGAAGGAUGUUUACUCAAAGGAGCCAUGGUUGCUGGACCAUCCCAUGGGUUCGUUUUUCAAGAAGAAUGAGUGGUACUACCUUGUGACAAGGACUCAACUCUCUCAGAAGAAAAUUGGUUGUGGUAAGAAAGCGAAACGGAAGAUUACCCGAGACAAUGAUAGUGGGUUUUGGAGGGCUAAUGCGAAAGAAGAUAUCCCAGACAAGGAAACAAACAUGGUCAUUGGUGAAAAGCAAACCUUAGCUUUUGUUAAAAGCAAAGUAAAUAACAAGAAGCAGAAGAAGGGAGACGGUACUUCUUGUGAUGUUGUUGUACCAGGUAGCGAAAGUAGCUGGAUUAUGACAGAAUAUAUGCUUCCGGAAAUAGCAGAUAAGUUUCGAGAACUGGUCAUAUGCAAGAUUCAUGUGAUCGAGAAUUCCGAUAAGAAGAAGGAUCAUGAUGAUCGUCAUGAAGCUUCUACUUCUAGUUAGUAGGUAUAUGUGCAAGAUUUCCCCAAACUUACUAAACGUUUGUAAGUUUACUUUAAUAAAAUCUUUGUUAUAUUCCAUCCUCAUUAAGAAGAAAAAGUUUCUAGUCUUUUUCAUAUUUCA